CUCCUUUCUCUUUCUUCCUCUCUCCUCUCUCUCCGUCUCCCUCUCUCCGUCUCCCUCUCUCCGUCUCCCUCUCUCCGUCUCUCUCUCUCUCCUCUGUAGGCUGACUACAUACAGUAUUCCAGCACCAGAAAAGCCUGCCAACUCUCUGUUCUGACACACACACUUCCUCUUUGUCUGUCUGAUCCCUACUUGUGACUGUGAUCAUGAAGAUAGACUGUCUCCACCUGAUCCCUGACUGUGACUGUGAUCAUGAAGAUAUACUCUGUCUGAUCCCUGACUGUGAUCAUGAAGAUAGACUCUGUCUGAUCCCUGACUGUGACUGUGAUCAUGAAGGUAGACUCUGUCUGAUCCCUGACUGUGAUCAUGAAGAUAGACUCUGUCUGAUCCCUGACUGUGAUCAUGAAGAUAGACUCUGUCUGAUCCCUGACUGUGAUCAUGAAGAUAUACUCUGUCUGAUCCCUGACUGUGAUCAUGAAGAUAUACUCUGUCUGAUCCCUGACUGUGAUCAUGAAGAUAGACUCUGUCUCAUCCCUGACUGUGAUCAUGAAGAUAGACUCUGUCUGAUCCCUGACUGUGAUCAUGAAGAUAGACUCUGUCUGAUCCCUGACUGUGAUCAUGAAGAUAGACUCUGUCUGAUCCCUGACUGUGAUCAUGAAGAUAGACUCUGUCUGAUCCCUGACUGUGAUCAUGAAGAUAUACUCUGUCUGAUCCCUGACUGUGAUCAUGAAGAUAGACUCUGUCUGAUCCCUGACUGUGAUCAUGAAGAUAGACUCUGUCUGAUCCCUGACUGUGACUGUGAUCAUGAAGAUAGACUCUGUCUCAUCCCUGACUGUGAUCAUGAAGAUAUACUCUGUCUGAUCCCUGACUGUGAUCAUGAAGAUAGACUCUGUCUGAUCCCUGACUGUGACUGUGAUCAUGAAGAUAGACUCUGUCUCAUCCCUGACUGUGAUCAUGAAGAUAGACUCUGUCUGAUCCCUGACUGUGAUCAUGAAGAUAGACUCUGUCUGAUCCCUGACUGUGAUCAUGAAGAUAGACUCUGUCUGAUCCCUGACUGUGAUCAUGAAGAUAGACUCUGUCUGAUCCCUGACUGUGAUCAUGAAGAUAGACUCUGUCUGAUCCCUGACUGUGAUCAUGAAGAUAGACUCUGUCUGAUCCCUGACUGUGAUCAUGAAGAUAGACUCUGUCUGAUCCCUGACUGUGACUGUGAUCAUGAAGGUAGACUCUGUCUGAUCCCUGACUGUGAUCAUGAAGAUAGACUCUGUCUGAUCCCUGACUGUGAUCAUGAAGAUAUACUCUGUCUGAUCCCUGACUGUGAUCGUGAAGGUAGACUCUGUCUGAUCCCUGACUGUGAUCAUGAAGAUAGACUCUGUCUGAUCCCUGACUGUGAUCAUGAAGAUAUACUCUGUCUGAUCCCUGACUGUGAUCAUGAAGGUAGACUCUGUCUGAUCCCUGACUGUGAUCAUGAAGAUAGACUCUGUCUGAUCCCUGACUGUGAUCAUGAAGAUAGACUCUGUCUGAUCCCUGACUGUGAUCAUGAAGAUAGACUCUGUCUGAUCCCUGACUGUGAUCAUGAAGAUAGACUCUGUCUGAUCCCUGACUGUGAUCAUGAAGAUAGACUCUGUCUGAUCCCUGACUGUGAUCAUGAAGAUAUACUCUGUCUGAUCCCUGACUGUGAUCAUGAAGAUAGACUCUGUCUGAUCCCUGACUGUGAUCAUGAAGAUAGACUCUGUCUGAUCCCUGACUGUGAUCAUGAAGAUAGACUCUGUCUGAUCCCUGACUGUGAUCAUGAAGAUAGACUCUGUCUGAUCCCUGACUGUGAUCAUGAAGGUAGACUCUGUCUGAUCCCUGACUGUGAUCAUGAAGGUAGACUCUGUCUGAUCCCUGACUGUGAUCAUGAAGAUAGACUCUGUCUGAUCCCUGACUGUGAUCAUGAAGAUAGACUCUGUCUGAUCCCUGACUGUGAUCAUGAAGAUAGACUCUGUCUGAUCCCUGACUGUGAUCAUGAAGAUAGACUCUGUCUGAUCCCUGACUGUGAUCAUGAAGAUAGAAAAGCAAACAAACAUCCUGUGCAUAAAAACAACAACUGGUCAAUGAGGAGGAGAUGAUGGUGAUGUUGGUGCUGUUGGGUUAUUUCUGUGAGGGGGGGUGAGACAUGGGUACGUGGGAAGGAGAGUGUCUGUCUGUGGGAAGAGACUUACAGAGAAGCUGAAUUACAAAACAGAUAAUUUCCAUGACUCUUUAAGACAUUGUGGACAUCAUUUCCAUGACUCUUUAAGACAUUGUGGAAAUUGUACCAUAUUGUAUUUAUUUCAUUUAUAAAAUUAUAUUUUUCUUUCAAGUUGUGUAUAUAUUGCCAUUAAAGAUCAUUAUUGCCAUGUU